UGCAAUUUUCGAUCCAAAAAAAAUGCCGAAAGUCGAUGCUCUCCGUCGAUUUCUCCUCCCCUGUUUCAAUUCAACACCCACAUCUCCAGCACCACCGGCGCCGCACACAAUCUCCACCAAAAAACGCCUGAGCACCUCACUGCGUGACGAUCUCGACGACUCAAAACAAGAAAAGAAAUUCGAAGAAGAUCAAGAAGAUUCAUACCCAACAACCCCAAUCAGCAAUACAAACAGCACCAGCAGCGCCUCCGGCGCCGCAAUUUCACUCUCAGCUCCACCGCGUUCUUCUAAAACAAUGGUAAUCGGAACAAUCUUUGGCCAACGCCGCGGUGGACAUGUAUGGUUCUGCGUACAACACGAUCGUCUCAACACGAAGCCUUCACUUCUUCUAGAACUUUCCAUCCCAACCACAACCCUUAUUCAAGAAAUGCGAUGUGGAUUAGUCCGAAUUGCUCUUGAAUCAUCGGAUUCGGAGCUGAAUCGUUGCCCGCUCCAUUCAAUUCCAAUGUGGACUCUGUUCUGUAAUGGGAGAAAAAUCGGGUUUGCGGUUCGGAGACGGGCGACCCAACAGACCCGAAUUAUGUUGAAGACGAUGCAGUCAAUGACAGUCGGGGCGGGUGUAAUUCCGUCGGGUUUGGUUUCGGGUACCGAAUCUGAAGAGGUGUUGUAUAUGAGAGCUAACUAUGAGUGUAUUAUUGGUGGUGCGGAUUCGGAGUCUUUUCAUUUGAUUAACCCGGAUGAAGGUCCGGGUCAAGAAUUCAGUAUCUUUUUGCUUCGAUCUAAAUAA